AUGGCGGUGCUCCAGGCGUAUCAGGCUUAUCUGUUGAAAGACCUGGAUAAAGGCGAGGGCCUUUCUCCUGAUCAGGUAGCUGUGCUGCACCGCACCACAGAUCUUGCUCUCCGUGCUACUAAACAGGCCGCUUCCGCCAUGGGCAGGUCUAUGGCGGCGAUGGUGGUAACGGAGAGACAUCUGUGGGGAAAACCGUACGCGUUCGACCGCGUGUUUCCCACCAACACCACCCAAGAGCAGGUGUACAACACCUGCGCCAAGCAGAUCGUCAGAGAUGUGCUGGGAGGUUACAACGGCACCAUCUUCGCUUAUGGACAGACCUCUUCUGGAAAGACCCACACCAUGGAGGGCAACCUCCACGACCCGCAGCAGAUGGGCAUCAUUCCCCGCAUCGCAGAGGACAUCUUCAACCACAUCUUCGCCAUGGACGAGAACCUGGAGUUCCACAUCAAGGUGUCCUACUUUGAGAUCUACAUGGAGAAAAUCCGGGAUCUUCUGGACGUCACGAAGACCAACCUGUCUGUGCAUGAGGACAAGAACCGCAUCCCUUACGUGAAGGGCUGCACCGAGCGCUUCGUGUCCAGUCCUGAAGAGGUCAUGGACGUCAUCGACGAGGGAAAGUCCAACCGGCACGUCGCUGUCACCAAUAUGAAUGAGCACAGCUCUCGCAGUCACAGCAUCUUCCUGAUCAACAUCAAGCAGGAGCACGUGGAGACGGAGCAGAAGCUCUGUGGAAAGCUCUACCUGGUGGAUCUGGCUGGCAGUGAGAAGGUCAGUAAGACCGGUGCAGCUGGAGCCGUUCUGGAUGAAGCUAAAAACAUCAAUAAGUCUCUGUCUUCUCUGGGCAACGUCAUCUCUGCUCUCGCUGAAGGAACUAAGACGCACGUGCCGUACCGCGACAGUAAGAUGACCCGAAUCCUGCAGGACUCUCUGGGAGGAAACUGCAGGACCACUAUGUUCAUCUGCUGCUCUCCCUCGAGCUACAACGACGCCGAGACCAAAUCCACCCUCAUGUUUGGACAGCGUGCUAAGACCAUCAAGAACACGGCCUCCAUUAACCUGGAGCUGACAGCUGAGCAGUGGAAGAGGAAGUACGAGAAAGAGAAGGAGAAGAACAAGAGCUUGAGGGACACCAUCCAGAGCCUGGAGCUGGAGCUGCGGCGCUGGCGCAGUGGAGAGAAGGUUCCAGAGACGGAGCAGGCAGACGCUGAUGUGGUGAAGCUGGAGGGCAGUGACGAAGCGUCUCUAGAUAAUGAGAGAUCAUCCGAGCGCCAGCGGGAGAGAGAGAGAGACUCUGACUCCUCCUCUAUUGUGGUGCGGAUCUCAGAGGAAGAGCGGCAGAAAUAUGAGGAAGAGAUCCGCAAGCUCUACCGACAGCUGGACGAUAAGGAUGAUGAGAUCAAUCUUCAGUGUCAGCUGGCGGAGAAGCUGAAGGAGCAGAUACUGGAUCAGGAUGAGUUGCUGGCGUCCACGCGUGGAGACAGUGAUAAGGUGCAGACGGAGCUGGGCCGCCUGCAGAUGGAGAGCGAGAGCGCCAAAGCUGAAGUGCGGGAGGUCCUGCAGGCGCUGGAGGAGCUGGCGGUCAACUACGACCAGAAGAGUCAGGAGGUGGAGGAGAAGAGCCUGCACAACAAACAGCUGGCCGAGCAGCUCAGCCUGAAGAUGGCCAAUCUGAUGGAGCUGGAGGCGGAGCUUGCUCAAAUGCAGGAAGUGAGCUCGCACCAGAGGAAGCGCAUCGCUGACGUGUUGAACGGGCUGAUGAAGGACCUCAGCGAGUUCAGCGCCAUCGUCGGCAAUGGAGAAAUCAAGCUUCCAGUGGAGAUCAGCGGUGCGAUCGAGGAGGAGUUCACUGUGGCGCGGCUGUACAUCAGUAAGAUCAAGUCGGAGGUGAAGUCGAUGGUGAAGCGCUGCAGACAGCUGGAGAACUUGCAACUGGAGUGCCAUCGCAAGAUGGAGGAAACCAGCCGAGAGCUGUCCUCCUGCCAGCUGCUCAUCUCUCAGACAGUGGUAGCAGCAGUUGGACAUAGUUGCAUGACCACAGACCGCUCCACCGAGGGAAUUCCCAUGUACCCCCAACGCGGCCCCACCAUCGAGGGUGCUCCUCAUGCACCGGGAAGAAUGCACCGGAGGGGGGUGCUGAGAACCAACGCAACCCCCCACCGAGAAACCAUUCAUCCAGCCUUGAAGGAUCGGGGUGCGGUGGAGCUGGAGGAUAAUUAUGAUGCUCUCAGUGAAGAAUUCUUCAUGCUGCAGAACUCAGAGAGUCACGUGGCAGAAGUGGAUGGAGGAGAGAAGGCUGACAGAGAGGCUGAUGGGAAAAAGGGCUCUAGUCGUCCAUCUCUCCACGCGGAGUCUCGUCAGACGCAGCUCAGCCACCUGCGGGAUGAAAUCAACGAGAAGCAGCGACUCAUCGACGAGCUUACCGAUAAGAAUCAGGCUCUGGAGCUGGAGCUGGCUCACGUGCGGUCCAGUCUCAGUAACCUCAAACGGCAGGACGACACCAAGAGCGCCUGCCUGGAGCAGCUGUCGUUUCAGCAGGAGAGAAACAAGCAGUCCAAACAGGAUCUCAAGCGCCUGGAGGAGACUGUUGCCCGUGAACUCCAGAUCCUCCACAACCUGCGCAAGCUGUUCGUUCAAGACCUCACGACGCGGGUUAAAAACAGUACAGAAAUUGGACCUGAUGAUAGUGGGGGGUCUAACACCCAGAAACAGAAGAUUUCCUUUCUUGAGAACAACCUGGAUCAGCUUACAAAGGUCCAUAAACAGCUGGUACGUGAUAAUGCAGAUCUGCGGUGUGAGCUUCCGAAGCUGGAGAAGCGUCUUCGUUCUACGGCUGAGCGGGUUCGGGCGCUGGAGGCAGCACUGAAGGACGCUAAACAGGGCGCCAUGCAUGACCGCCGGCGCUACCAGCAGGAGGUGGAGCGCAUCCGUGACGCCAUGCGCCUGCGCUAUCCUCCGCGACGAUCCAACGCCGCUCAGAUCGCUAAGCCAGUGAGACCCGGACACCAUGUUGCAGCCACGUCUCCCAGCAGCUUCUCCUACACCUCCACGCGCGCGAGUAAACCUGCCACAUCCUACAGCAACACUUUCUUCCAGCAAGAGGAGAAAGCUGCGCUUCAGAAAACCAACACUGUCGGAUACAGCACUGUGAGAUCCUCAGACAUACCGAGCUCCUGUCCGCUCGACGUGGAGAACGGUAAGUGUGUGUGUGUGCUUUGACUGCACUAAAACCAU